GACUGGUAUAAGAUUGCUCAUGUCCCAAAUAUCAAAGUCGACGGACGAUGGAUUAAACUGGAGGAUCACUACGAAUUGUAACUGCAUUGGUUUCUUACAGAAAAUAAUACUUUACGUGGCAAAGCAAUGGCAGAAGCAGUCAUUUUCAGCAUUGCUGGUCAAAUCAUUUCGAAGCUUGCUUCACCGAUCUUUCAACAAGCUAGUCAGUUGUGGGGUGUUCAAGAUGACAUUGAAAAGCUCAAAAUGACAGUUUCAACGAUUCAGGCUGUGAUUCUUGAUGCAGAGAAGAAAUCAUCGGAAAGCAAUCAAGUGAAAAAUUGGGUGAAGUUACUAAGAGAAGCAUUUUAUGAUGCAGAUGAUUUGGUUGAUGAGUUCUCCACAAUGGCUUCACAGAAGCAAGUCAUGAGUGGCAAUAGAAUGUUAAAAGAGGUACGACUCUUCUUUUCGAGCUCAAACCAGUUUACUUAUGCUCGUAAAAUUGCGUAUAAAGUCAAAAAGAUGAGAUCCAAGUUAGAUGCUAUUGCAGCAAAUAGGAACUUUCACUUGGACGAGUGUCGUCAUGAAGAAAAAUAUGUUACUUCUGUAGAAAGAGAGUCUCACUCGUCUUUGCCCGAAGUAGUUAUUGGUAGAAUAGAUGAUAAGAAUUUAAUUAUCAAAUCUUUGUUGCAUUCUAGUGAUCAUAGCAAGAAUAUUUGUGUGAUUUCAAUAGUAGGACUUGGUGGCUUAGGGAAGACAACACUGGCUCAACUUGUAUGGAAUGAUGAGAUGGUGAAAUCACAUUUUGAGUUAAAAUUAUGGGUUCACGUAUCGGAAAAUUUUGAUGUGAAACUAAUAGCAGAAAAAAUCUUAGAAAGCGUCGUAGGUGAAAAACCCAGGAACCUAGGAAUGGACACCAUGAAAAAUCUACUUCAUGAAAGAAUCAACGGGAAAAGAUACUUGAUUGUGUUCGAUGAUGUAUGGAAUGAGAGUUUAGAGAAAUGGAUUAGCUUGAGGGAUUUAUUAGUUGGCGGUGCUAAAGGAAGUCGAAUGAUAGUAACCACUCGCCUUAGAAAUGCUGCAGAAAUUGCAGGCUCCGAGUUAUUUCAUGAACUACAAGGUCUAACCGAUGAUGAGUCAUGGUCCUUGUUCAAAGAAAUGGGUUUUAGACAAGAGGGUGAUUUGAGUCUAGAGCAUGAGAUAGUUGGGAAGGAGAUUGUAGCAAAGUGUGUAGGAGUUCCUUUAGCCAUUAGAGCAUUAAGCGGACUUUUGCGGUCCAAAACUUUGUCAGAUUGGUUGAUUUUCAGGGAUAAAGAUUUAUCAGAAAUCAACCAAAUAAAUACGAGUAGUAUUUUACCAAUUCUUAAGCUGAGUUACAAUCAUCUUCCUUCGCAUUUAAAACAUUGUUUUGCUUAUUGUCGAUUAUUUCCGAAAGGCCAUACAAUUCCAGUGCCCUAUUUGUUGAAUCUUUGGAUGGCUCAAGGAUAUAUUAAUCUAACAGAUCCAAAUGAAUACUAUGAGGAUGUAGGUUAUGAAUAUUUCAAGAAGCUAUUGUGCAGAUCUUUCUUUCAAGAAGUAACAUAUGAUUCAUUUGGUGACAUAGAAUUUUGUAAAAUGCACGAUUUGAUGUACGAUCUUGCUGGUUUAGUAUCCGGGGAGGAGACUUGUCGGCAUAUGUGGGCUGAUCUUGAUUCAGAAAACUCAUCCAAUAAGCAAAUCUUGCCUAGUUCUGUACGAAAGCUACGAUCUUUUCUUUCGGUACACAGUGAAGAAUCUAAAGAAAGAAUGCUUCAUGAAAUGUUUUCUAAUCUAAAAUGCGUAAGAGCAUUGGUUAUAACGGAUUUGGAAAUAAAUCGGAUUCCACAUUCCGUUGGAGAAUUGAGGCAUUUAAGGUUUCUCGAUCUUUCUAGCAAUAAAAAAAUGGAGAUCCUCCCGGAUUCAAUAACGAAACUGCACAACCUCCAAGUGUUGAAUCUAGAAAAGUGUAGAAAGCUGAAGCAGCUGCCAAAAGAUUUCAAGAAACUGAUCAAUCUCAGGCAUCUUCAGCUCUGGGGUUGUGUUAGUUUGACACAUAUGCCGAAUGGAAUCAGUCAACUCAGUUUUCUUCAGUAUUUAUCAACAUUUAUUGUUGGUGAAGAUAAUGGCAGCAGACUUAGUGAGUUGGGAAAAUUGAACCACUUGAGGAAGCGGUUGCAUGUUCUGAAUCUGCAAUUUGUGAAAAAUCCAACCGUUGAGUUUAACGCGGCGAAUCUAGAAAUGAAGCAACACCUUCAGCUAGUGAGAUUAGCGUGGAAAUUGGGCGGUUCCUAUGACGAUAACAUCCAUGAAACUAGUGGCUCCAAUGAAGAAAUAUUGUCGAUAGAAGAGCUACAGCCACACCCGAAUCUAAAAUGGCUUGAAGUGUUUGGACAUGGAAGGAUUCAGUUUCCAAGUUGGGUUUCUUCGCUCACAAAGUUGGUGAAACUUACGAUUAAUAAUUGCAGAAGAUGCCGGCAUUUCCCAGCAUUAGAUCAUUUUUCGAGUCUUAAACAAUUGUUUCUGAAAAAGCUAGACGAUCUGGAGUCUAUAGAGACCGGGAACUGCGAAUCCUUAUUCUUCCCUUCUCUAGAGACACUCUGCUUAGCUGAAUGCCCGAACCUGAAGGGAUGGUCAUCGUCAACUCGCGAGUCUAAAUUACUCCAAUUUCAUUGUCUUGAAUAUUUGGAGAUCGACUCUUGUCCUAAUAUCAUUUCAAUUCCAUUAAUUCCAUCUCUUCAGAGGCUGCAAUUGAGAAAUGGAAGCCUGAAAUUAUUGGAAGGCUUGCUGAAGAUGAAGAUUUCUUCUUUUUCUUCGUCGUUGACAUAUCUUGGUAUCGACAGAAUACAAGAUCUAGAAUGUCUGCCAGAGGAAUGGAUGCAGAACAUUUUCACUUCCCUGAAACAGCUUCACAUCAAGAAUUGCCGAAGAUUAACAACUUUGUCGAAUGCAUUCCGUCAUUUAUCGUCACUCGAACGUCUUAUCGUCGAGGCUUGCGAGGAACUAGAUUUGUGCGAUGAUGUACAUACAUGUGGUACAGAGUUCGAGUUCCUUAAAAGCCUUCGAGAGCUUCAAUUUGGGAGCCUGCCGAAAUUGUUGUCUGUUCCGGUAGGACUUCUCUUCGUCCCUACGUUGUCCAAAUUCUUCAUCAAAAACUGUCCGAAUUUAGCAUAUUUACCAGAGUGGAUGGCCAACUUCAGAGAACUACAAGUUUUGGGGAUUGAUGAUUGUCCUCAACUGUUCCAGCCAUGUCCAAACAACUUGGGUACUGAUUGGUCCAAGAUCGCUCGUAUACCAAUGGUUGUAAUAGAUGGAAACUGGAUUGAAUUUGAAGAAUGAGAAGGAAGAGAAGACAAGUUCUAUAGUUAUAUUAGUUCAUCAGUUUGUCUUUUAUUAUUGUUUUUUAAAUUUUGUAUUGGACAAUUCCUGAAGUUGGUUGAUCUAAAAAAAAAUUGACUAUGUUCUUUUACCAUCAAAUUAAUCAGUA